AUGCUAAGGUUGGUACGCGCGGAAAUGUCGUCUAUCAAAAAACAAGCCACUUUGGCCAAAUUCUUUAGUUCCAAGAAGAGGAGUGUUGAAGAAGAAAAGUCGCAUGAACCUGCCAAAAAGCUCCAUUCAGACCCCAUUGGGGCAGGUUCUGGAAGCCCGAGUUCCUCCCCACCUCUUGCGACAGGCUCCAGUGAUGCUGGCUCUGUGAAGGUUGAGACAUCUGCCACCAGCACAGGAGAAAACACUAAGGCAGGAACACCAACGCUCCCAGACUCAGAUGAGCCUGCCAAGCGGGCCGUGGCCGCCACAAAAGGGGACCCCGCGAAGCUUGGAGCUUCAGCUCCUAAGGACAGCAAGAUUUUGUACGCUGAGAUGUGCAACGUGUUCAACGAGAUAGAGGGCACGUCGUCGAGACUUCAAAUUGUAAAGCUUUGUGGUGACUUCCUGUACUCGGUGCUGCUCAAAGCGCGUAAAGACAUAGUUCCCAUCACUUACCUACUUAUCAACAAGUUAGGUCCCGACUAUCAGCCGGGCCUAGAGCUGGGGCUCGGUGAAGGCCUGCUCAUGAAGACAAUCAGUGAGAGUUGCGGCAAGUCGCUGCAACAGAUUAAGGCACGCUAUCGCGAACUUGGCGAUCUCGGUCGCAUAGCGCAGGAAGCUCGGGCUGUACAACCUACGAUGUUCAAGCCUAAACCACUCACUACAGGAGAGGUUUUCUCAAACUUGCAGGCCAUUGCGCGGUCGCAAGGAAAAGACUCACAACUGCGGAAGGUUCAGCUUAUCAAGAGAAUGCUCACUGCAUGCCAAGGAUUAGAGGCAAAAUUUCUCAUUAGAUCGCUUGAAUCGAAGCUCCGUAUUGGCCUUGCCGAAAAAUCUGUGCUCGUGGCGCUUUCGAAGGCGCUACUUACGUAUGAACACAACGGCAAAGAACCCUCAAGCGAACUUGUGGACACUGCAGAACAGAAGAUCCGCGAUGCAUUCUGCCAAGUGCCCAACUAUCAGAUCGUGAUUGAGACGGCUCUAGAGCAUGGCAUUAUGGAGCUCGACAAACACUGCGUACUGACGCCAGGCAUACCUCUAAAGCCGAUGCUUGCAAAGCCGUCGAAGUCGAUUUCAGAGGUCCUGGACCGGUUCCAGGGCCAGCGCUUCACCUGCGAGUACAAGUAUGAUGGCGAGCGUGCGCAAGUGCAUCUGCUGCCAGACGGCAGUAUGCGGAUCUAUUCAAGAAAUGGUGAGAACAUGACGGAGCGGUACCCCGAAAUCCGGAUCUCUGACUUUAUUGCGGAUCCCGCGCGCACUCACACGCUAAUCCUUGAUUGCGAGGCAGUCGCCUGGGACAAAGAGAAGAACACCAUUCUGCCCUUUCAAGUGCUCAGCACGCGGAAGCGCAAAGGCGUGGCAGUCGAAGAUGUUAAGGUGCGCGUGUGCCUGUUCGCAUUUGACAUUCUGUGCUACAACGAUGAGCCUCUUAUCACACGCCCACUAGCCGAGCGCCGCGCCUGCCUGGAGCGCGCGCUUGUCCCGGUCCCGGGCGAGCUUCAGCUGGCUAGCGAGGUCACCACCAUGAGUCUCGAUGAACUUCAGCAUUAUCUCGACCAAGCCGUGCGCGACUGUUGCGAAGGCCUCAUGGUCAAGAUCCUCGAGGGCGAAGAGUCCCACUACGAGCCCAGCAAGCGUUCGCGCAACUGGCUGAAACUCAAGAAGGACUAUUUACAGGGCGUGGGUGACUCUCUUGACUUGUGCGUUCUGGGCGCGUACUACGGCCGUGGCAAGCGCACGGGUACCUACGGUGGGUUUUUGCUUGGUUGCUACAACCAAGAUUCCGGUGAGUAUGAGACCUGCUGCAAGAUUGGCACCGGUUUUUCCGAGGAGAUGCUCCAGACCCUGUUCGACCGCCUCAGCCCUACCGCAAUUCCUACACCCAAGGCCUUCUACGUCCACAGCGAGAGCGCUCCACCCGAUGUUUGGUUUGAACCCACCCUCCUUUUCGAGGUGCUGACCGCAGAUCUCUCGCUCUCGCCUGUUUACAAGGCCGGGACCAGCUCGUACGGGAAAGGCAUCUCUCUCCGCUUCCCUCGUUUCAUCCGCCUCAGAGACGAUAAGACACCUGAAGAAGCUACGUCUUCAGAGCAGGUUGUGGAGUUUUACGAAUCCCAGUCGCACGUAAGCUGA